CCGACUCUCUCUUUUUCCUGCUGUAUCUCUCCUGCACAUGUCUGCUGUGACCGACCGUACGCCGCUCCUGGAAAACGGCAAUGGCGCCGAGCCACCCAAGCCGUUCUUCAGGCGCUUCGCCGACACCCUCAGCGCCGAGGGCCAGCCGUCGUGGCUGCAGUCGUACAAGUUCUUCUUCUUUGGCUCGUAUCUGAACGUCCUGCUCGUCUUCAUCCCGCUCAGCUUCUUCUCGCACUUCCUGAACUGGGAUGCCGCCCUGCGCUUUGGCUUCAGCUUCGUCGCGAUUAUGCCCCUGGCCGCACUGCUCGGCACCGCGACAGAUCAGCUCUCGCUCAAGCUGGGCCAAACACUCUCCGGGCUGCUCAACGCGUCCUUCGGCAAUGCCGUCGAGAUCAUCGUCGGAAUUGCGGCGCUCCUCCAAGGAGAGCUGCGCAUCGUGCAGACGUCUCUCCUGGGCUCCAUCCUCUCCAACCUCCUCCUCGUCCUCGGCUGCUCCUUCCUCGCAGGGGGCAUCAAGUUCCAGGAGAGCAACUUCCAGAUAACCGCUGCGCAGGCCUCGAGUUCGCUCAUGACCCUUACAUGCAUCACUCUCGUCAUUCCGGCCGCAUACCACAGCGCCAAGUCGCACUCUGGGGGCCUGGAAGGCCCGGCGAACCUCACGUCCAUUGCGCCGAUCAUCAGCCAGCUCGACCCGAAGCACGAGCUCGGAUUCGACGGCAUGGACGCGGGCUCCGUGCACGGGCUCAAGAUCAUCUCGCGCGGCACGGCGAUCCUGCUGCUCAUCGUCUACAUCGCGUACCUGUUCUUCCAGCUCAAGACGCAUGCGUAUCUGUACACGCCCACGACCGAGGUCGAGGAGGAAGACCCGGAGAUGAGCAUUCCGGCGGCUGCUUCCGCGCUUCUUCUCGUCACGGUGAUCACUUCGUUCUGUGCAGACUACCUCGUCGCUUCGAUUGAGGAGACCGCUACCCGGUAUUCAAUUCCGAAGCCAUUUAUCGGUCUAAUUUUACUCCCCAUCGUGGCAAAUGCGGCGGAACAUGUAACGUCCGUAUGGAUGGCGAUGAAGAACAAGAUGGAAUUAACCAUCGGCAUCUGUGUCGGGAGCUCGAUCCAAAUUGCCGCCUUUGUUGUGCCGCUGCUCGUUAUUGUGGGCUGGAUCACGCACCACGACCUCACGCUGUUCUUCGCCGACUUCGAGACGAUUGUUCUGUUCGUGUCGGUGCUGCUCGUGAACUUCCUCAUCCAGGACGGCAAGUCCAACUAUAUGGAAGGUCUCAUGCUGGUCACGCUUUACCUCGUCAUUGCCCUCGCUUUCUGGGUCUCAUAACGCACCAUGCAUCGUGUUCCAGCGUUCCCGACUCUCGCGACACCUCCCCGCCCUCUGCUCCCUCCCUGGUCAACAUGCGCUUACACACCUACCGUAUAUCCUUGCUUUCGGCCGGCGCCCUCCCCAACCGAGUCGCUCCUUUUGUCGGACGUUGCUUUGUCCCCACCUGCUUCAUGUUCAUGUAUCGUACUUUUCUCCUGGAGCUUCAGCGCGUGGCGGCGUGCCGCCAUUUGGAGCAGUCGUUGUCCGGGCUUGUCGCCCCUGCCUAAGUAUCUGUGUUUUGCCACGUAUCAAGUGUGAGCGGCGUAAAUACUUGAAUGAUCUGAUAGUUGGUCUCGG